AUGUAUGUGGACAACUGCGUCACCAGUGUCGAUUCUCCUCAAGAACUGGACUAUUUUCGAAAUGAAUCUUGUAAACUACUCACAUCAGCCAAAUUUGAUCUUAGAGGAUGGUGUAACAACAGCUAUUCCACUAGCAUUGCUGAAAAAGACGAAUUUCCAUUUGAAUCUUUGAAUAUAAAAGAAGUACCUGUACUAGGAUUGCUAUGGAAUACAGAAGAAGAUACUUUAACUUGUGAUUUAAGAAAAUUGGAAUUUAAGGAUGAACCUGUAACGAAAAGAAGUAUUCUCUCAUUAGCUCACAAGCUUUUUGAUCCAAUUGGAUUUACUGCACCAUUAACCUUGAUUCCGAAGAUAAUUUUACAAGAAUGCUGGAAAAUCAAAGUUUCAUGGGACUGUAAGUUGCCUGAUAAUAUUGUUAAAGAGUUUCAUAAGUGGAAAAAUCAACUUUUUGAACUGCAAAACGUGAAAAUACCCAGAAGAUUGAGUGAGUUCACACUCCAUUCAGGAAGUUUAUCUUUGCAUGUUUUCUGCGAUGCUUGCAAAAAAUCUUAUGCCACCUGUGUUUUCCUUAGAGUUAAAGUUGAGAGCGAUGUAACCUGCCAGUUAGUCCAGGCUCGAUCCCGAGUAGCUCCGUUAAAGAACAUAACUAUACCUCGUCUAGAGCUUUUGGCAUGUUGCAUUGGAGCAAGGUUAGCAGAAUCCGUCAAAAAAGAUCUGAAUCUCGAAGAUGUAGAAACUCACUACUGGACCGACUCCAUGGAUACCUUAUAUUGGAUUAGAACUGACGUACCAUGGGGUACAUUUGUGGAAAAUAGAGUCAGAGAAAUCCGAAGAUUAUCUUGCCCGAAUUCAUGGAAAUUUGUUCCUGGAAAUAAAAACAUCGCUGACUUACCAUCACGUGGUUGCUCAGCAAAAACUCUUCUGCAGUCUGAAUGGUGGAAUGGUCCUGAUUUUCUAAAAGAACCUGAAGAAAGGUGGCCAAAGAGCGAAAUAUUGCCAAAUAUCGAUACAAUCAAUGCAGAAAAAAGAAAGACUAUAGUUACUGCUACUAACGUAAAGGAGAGUGAAAAAUUUUACAACAAGUACUCAUCUUAUUUGAAAUUGUUGAGAAUAACCGGAUGGAUUUUUCGAUUCGCUGAAAAUUCAAAGAAAAGAGAAAAUGACAGAACCAUUGGAGAACUCAACAAUAAAGAAUUGAAAAAUGCUGAGAAAAUAAUUCUGAAAUGUGUCCAAAAGGAUGCUUUUGCCAACGAUGGAAAUAAGAGACUGAAUUCUUUGAAAACAAUUAUUGAUGAUGAAGGACUGAUCAGAAUUAAAACUAAGGUAUUUAUGAGAGAAGAUGAUUUUAAUUUCCGUCUUCCAAUAGUUCUUCCCUCAGAUUAUACUGUGGUUAAAAAUCUGAUUUAUUGGAAGCAUAAGCAAUUAGGACAUUGUGGAAUUCAAUUACUGAUGUCUACAUUACGUGAAGAAUUUUGGAUCUUGAAAAGUCGAAAAACUAUAAGAAAUGCCAUAAAAUCUUGUGUCAUCUGCAAACGUUUUCAUUCUAAACCUCCCAAUGUACCAGAUGGUCUUUUGCCAGCAGAUAGAGUGAAGGAUGCAGCCAUCUUUGAAAUUGUAGGUGCUGACCUGGCUGGUCCCCUCAUUCUGAAAGAUGGUCAAAAAACUUGGAUCUUGAUGGUGACUUGUGCUAUAUUUCGGGCUGUUCACUUAGAACUCUUAUCAUCCCUCUCUACUGAAAACUUAAUUUUGGGACUUAGAAGAUUUAUCUCACGAAGGGGAAGACCGUCAGUUGUCUACACAGAUAAUGGAACUAAUUUCGUUGGAACACAGAACCUUCUAAAAAGCAUUGAUUGGGAAAAGCUAAAGACUGAAUCCAAUCUGUCAUCAAUUACCUGGAAUUUCAUUCCCCCGUCUGCCCCUUGGUAUGGGGGAUUUUGGGAACGUUUAAUUGGCAUGAUGAAGAGAAUCCUAAGAAAGGUUCUGGGUAGAACAUCGUUGAAUUACGAGGAAAUGGUAACAGUUCUCUGUGACUGUGAGAGUGUAAUGAAUUCACGCCCCCUGACUUAUGUGUCCGAUGAUGCGGAGGAGCUAUCACCAAUAACACCUAUGAUGUUCCUACAAGAAAUAAGACAGGUGGGUGUUGCAGAUUUCGAUAUUUUAGAUCAAGAAAAAUUCAAAAAACGACUUGCAUACAGAAAUGAAAUCUGUCAAAAUCUUCGAAAGAGAUUCAGAACGGAAUAUCUUGGUCAACUUCGAGAAACUUCUUCAAAGACCAAAACUUCAGAAGCUCUGCAAGUUGGGGACAUUGUGAUAAUUUGGAAUGACAAUGUAAGCAGAAUUCAGUGGCCUCUCGGGCGUAUUUUAAAGAUUUUGCCAAGUAAAGAUGGACAUGCCCGAACUGCUAAGUUGCAAACCAAAUCCGAAAUCAUAAUCCGUCCUUUGAAAAAACUUUGUCCUCUUGAAGUCAACAAAACAACUGAAGAAAAAUUGACUGAACAACUAAAGAAGCAAGCUCCUCAUCAGUGUGUGACUCUGCAAACUCGUGCUGGAAGACAAGUGCGUGUUCCUGAUCGAUUUGAACCCUGA